UUUAAGAAGAAAACAUUUAUAAAACGGAUUGUUAAUUUAUUUUAAUGAUAUUUGAUUCAAUUUUUUUGUUAUUAUGCCAAUUACUCCCAAAUUUAUUAACCAAUCUAAAAAAUUACAUUUAAAAAAUGUCUUAAAAAUAGAUUUAAAAUUAUCUUAAAUUUUUAAUAUUAUUAACAAAACAAGGUUGGAGAAAUGGAAUUACUUCAUAAUCUUUUAAAACCUUAAAAUGUAUUUAAAAGUGGCAUGUUAUUUACUUAACAAAAUUAAGGAUAUUCGUAGAUUUUGUAAAACUUAAUUUCUUGGAAAUCAUUACUAUAAACAGUAUUAUACAGUUUUGCUAGCUAAAAAGAAAAGCUUUUAUCCGAAUUUAUAAAAGCCAUAGACACAUCUAUAGUUUGCUAAGAUAUCAGUUGAGAAACUAGAUUUUCCCCUGUGUAUCAGUUGCCUACUGUCUGGUUUAAUUGCCCCUUUUGCAUUGAAUUGUUUGGCGCCCACGUCUGGGCGAAUCGGCUGGUUUAUCAUCUCGGACCCAUCUUGGUCAAAUGGCAUUUUGCGGUGGUUUUUUCUUUGCCGAUUUUCCUCUCUUUUUGUGCCCCAGCGCAGAUUUACAGAUUUCGCCACAGAGAGCCGAAUGGUUGGAACUGCUUAACUUGGCUUUGUGUAAUUGGCGCUACAUACGCGACUCCACAAGCCCGAUCCGCGGUCCAUAUGCGUACUCCGCCAUGGCUGGACUUCACCCCCUUCGGACCGUGUGUCCCCUGUUUACAGAAUUGCUGACAUACCACCAUGCAAAGGUUGCCACUACAGUGAACUGUGGCCACAAGGACCCGGAUCGGGGGUGUCUGGACCGACUGCCUCGACUGGCGACGACAACGACACGAUGUGCUCCUAGGCAGAGGACGAGAACGAGGACUAAACUGCGGGCCAGCUCCCGGUUUUUGGCUUGUCGCCUCAUCUAAUUAAGGAGCAUUUGGUCCAUGGCGGCGUCUACAAGAUCUGUUCAUGAUUAUUGCCCCGGGCCGUAUCGCCGCCUGAAGCUCCCUGCGAAUGACAAAUAUGCUGCCUUGCACCAGGGAUUCCAACUUCGACUUCUGUUGGCUUCCAAGGAAGCCAGUCUGUGGCUCUUUAAAUAAAGAUAU